AUGCAUCUUCAACUCCUUGUGCCAGCCCUACUGGCCGUGUCGGCGGCACACGCCGCUCCAGCGCCUGCGGACCAUGGCUUUUCCGAACGGGAUGCCUCCGUUUCAGCCGCUUCUUCGGCGUUCUGGUCACCUGCGUCGACGAUCCAGACGGAUAUCAUGGCCGCGAAAGGUCUUGUCAACCUCGCCUUUUAUGAGCUCACGAAUCCACCGAGCGGGGGCUGCAAUCUGCUCAACGCAGCAGUCCGCCGAGAGUGGUCUACCCUCUCCAAGGACGAACGAAAAGCGUACAUAGCCGCCGAGUUGUGUUUGCAAUCCAAGCCGACCAAGGACCCCAGCUUUGCACCAGGGGCCAGAUCUCGAUAUGAUGACUUUGUGGCAGUCCAUAUCAACAGUACUCUGUUCAUCCACGGGACUGCCAACUUCUUGGCGUGGCAUCGCUACUUUACAUGGGCAUUUGAACAAGCCCUUCGAAACGAGUGUGGCUACACAGGGUACCAACCGUAUUGGAACUGGGGAAAGUAUGCCUUCGACCCUCUUCACUCGCCUCUCUUCGACGGCAGCGACUCUAGCAUGUCCGGAAAUGGGCAGUACGCACCACACGGGCCGACAAAUGCUCUGCCUACAGGACUGAACCCCAUUCCUCCUGGGCAAGGGGGUGGCUGUGUCAAUACCGGCCCAUUCGCAAACUACGUUGUCAACCUGGGCCCUGUCGCUCCGACUUUGGAUGUUCCAGGCAUUAUCGACUAUUCAAGCCCGGACCCUCUCGCAUAUAACCCCCGCUGCCUCCGCCGAGAUAUCUCAUCGUGGGUCUCGUCAAACUGGACCAAGGACUCUGACUCGUUCGACCUGAUCUCAAACUACAAUGACAUCCUCUCCUUCCAGAACCGCAUGCAGGGCGACUUUGGAAGUGGCUUCUAUGGCGUCCACACGGCAGGUCACUUCACCACUGGAGGUGACCCGGGUGGUGACCUCUUCGCUUCGCCAGCCGAGCCGACUUUCUUCCUGCACCACGCACAGAUUGAUCGCACGUGGUGGAUCUGGCAGAACCAAGAUCCGAAAAACAGGAAGAGUGCUUUCGCUGGUGGCACCUCGACUCUGGACCCGGUCAACAGCCCUCCUGGAAAGCUGACUGAUCCUAUUACCAUGGGGUCGCUGGCGCCGACGAUCCAGAACAAGGACGCGCUAUGGACCACGGGCGGGCCAUUCUGCUACAUUUACGUCUGA